ACUAGAAAACCUAAUAAUGACUAUUAUAAACUUAUUGAAAUGCAAAACCACAGGCAACCAUAGAUUUUGUACUGUUUGUUGUAGCAGGAGAACAUCUUCUUCCACCACGGAUCAUCGAACCAAAUCCGUCUGGGGCUUUUAAGGUUGAAGCUCGCCGUAAAUCACUAUGCUUUGUAUUAAACGUUUCUGCUUCGUUAUGACCACUAUCGUUUCUGCUGCUCCGCUUACGGAUCUGGAAAAAUCAAUAGAAAAUUUAAUUAAGGUGUAUCAUAUGUAUUCCAAUACACGUUCCAAUCUCAUUGACCCUGAAGGAAUAGAGAAACUUUGCUCAGAUUUGGAUGUCUCUCGUACUGAUAUCAGAUUCUUGAUGCUUGCUUGGACAAUGAAAGCUGAGAAACAGGGCUACAUUACACAUGAAGAGUGGACAAGAGGCCUUAAGGCUUUAAGAGCUGAUACAAUUGAUGAACUGAAGAAAGCCCUUCCCCUGCUAGAGAAAGAGGUCAGGACGCCAUCAAAUUUUGCAGAUUUCUAUGCUUACGCCUUUCGCUAUUCUUUAACAGAGGAAAAACAGGAGGGUAUAGACAUAGAGACUAUAUGUCAACUCCUAGGUAUCGUCUUGGGAUCUACAUUCCGACCCCAAGUUGACUACUUUGUCGAGUAUUUAAAGAUCCAAAACGACUACAAAGUCAUAAACAUAGAUCAAUGGAUGGGCUUUUACAGGUUUUGCAAUGAGAUAAGUUUCCCGGAGAUGACGGAAUACAAUCCAGAGCUUGCAUGGCCAUUGCUUCUCAACAAUUUUGUUGAGUGGAUUCGUGAAAAAACAAGCCUGAAAGCUUAAACACAGUGGUCCUCGAGUCUUUGCAGGAUCGUUGGGGUCAACAACCAGAUUCAGCAAACCUUUAUUAUAUGACAGUUGUUACAUGUGAAUUGUGAUCAACUUCAAUAGAGGGGAGAGACGCAUUAUUAUUAUGUUUGAAAUAUUGUAUCCAUUUCGUAUCUGAUGGUAUCUGGACUCUUAUUUUUUUAAAAUAAAAUAACUUUAUAAGAAAA